AUGUUAAUCACAGGAGACACUCUAAGAUUGAUUGAAGACACCAAAGAUAGACUUCAGCAAACGUUCAAGAUGAAAGAUCUAGUUGAACUCAAAUUUUUCUUAGGUAUUGAAUUUACAAGAUCAAAAGAAGGUAUUCUGAUGAACCAGAGAAAAUAUACAUUAGAGUUUGUAUCUGAAUUGGGACCUAGUGCUGCUAAACCAACUGUUAUACCUAUAGACACAAACUCCAAGCUGACUACUAAGGAGUAUGAUGAUCAUAUCUAUAAAAAUGAGCAAGGACCCACUGAUCCACCAGCUAAUGUGCAUGCUUAUCAGAGACUCACAGGAAAACUGUUAUAUCUCACUAUGACCAGACCUGAUAUUGCUUAUAGUGUCCAGAAUCUCAGUCAGUUUCUACAACAACCAAAAAAAUCUCACAUGGAUAUUGUUAUCAGACUAGUCAAACACAUUAAGAAGAAACCUGGACAAGGAGUAUUAAUGUCCAGUCAAGAAAAUGCAGAAGUCUCUGCAUACUGUGAUGCGGAUUGGGUAUCAUGUCCAUUCUCAAGAAGAUCUGUCACUGGCUAUUUGUUAAAGUUAGGAGAAUCUAUUAUUUCCUGGAAAUCUAAGAAGCAGAAAACAAUUUCCAGGAGUUCAGCUGAAGCAUUGCAACAAUUGUCGUUGAACUUGUCUGGUUACUGGGACUAUUAA